AUGCCGCCGAAAGCGAAGCAGCAGGUGGAGGCGGUGUCCCUAGGGCCGCAAGUCCGUGAGGGUGAGGUCGUCUUCGGUGUGGCGCACAUCUACGCCUCCUUCAACGACACUUUCGUGCAUGUCACAGACCUCUCCGGCAGGGAGACCAUCAUGCGCGUCACAGGGGGCAUGAAGGUGAAGGCGGACCGUGAUGAGUCAUCGCCCUACGCGGCGAUGCUGGCAGCCCAGGAUGUGGCCGCCCGCUGCAAGGAGCUGGGCAUCGGGGCGCUGCACAUCAAGCUGAGGGCCACCGGCGGCACCAAGACCCGGACCCCAGGCCCCGGCGCGCAGAGCGCCCUCCGCGCUUUGGCGCGCAGCGGCAUGAAGAUCGGCCGCAUCGAGGCCAAGCAGCAGGUGGAGGCGGUGUCCCUCGGGCCGCAGGUCCGAGAGGGCGAGGUUGUCUUUGGUGUGGCACACAUCUAUGCCUCCUUCAACGACACCUUCGUGCACGUGACAGACCUGUCCGGGCGGGAGACCAUCAUGCGAGUCACUGGUGGCAUGAAGGUGAAGGCGGACCGCGACGAGUCCUCGCCUUACGCGGCCAUGUUGGCGGCCCAGGACGUGGCGGCCCGCUGCAAGGAGCUGGGCAUCGGGGCGCUGCACAUCAAGCUGAGGGCCACGGGCGGCACCAAGACCCGGACCCCAGGCCCCGGCGCGCAGAGCGCCCUGCGCGCCCUGGCGCGCAGCGGCAUGAAGAUCGGCCGCAUCGAGGACGUGACGCCCAUCCCGACUGACUGCACUCGGCGCAAGUGCGGCCGCCGCGGCCGACGUUUGUGA